CCCCUCUCUCCCACGUGACGUCACUGAGGAAGAGGAGGAAGGCAGGAGAGGCGCUGGCGGGCUCUGAGGUGGCGACGCACCCAUGAGUGUGGCAGUCAUGUCGCACGAGAAGAGCUUCCUGGUGUCGGGAGACCCCUUUCCGGGGCAGCAGCCCCCCGCCCCGCCGGGAUACGCCCAGCCCCCCUAUCCACCACCAGCCCCCUACCCGCAGCCGGCCCCCUACCCGCAGCCAGGCCCCUACCCACAGCCUGCUGUCUAUGGCCAGCCAGGAUAUCCACAGGGGCCCUACCCUCCACAGACGGGCUAUCCUCAACAGGGACCCUACCCUCAACAGGGGCCGUACCCUCAACCUGGGCCCUAUCCACAAGGGCCGUACCCGCAGGGGCCCUAUCCACAGGGGCCCUACCCUCAGCAGCACCCCGGGGUCCCUAUGGACGAGGACUCCCCGAUGCACAGCAACUACCAUGAGGAUGGGCCGCCCUCCUACUACGACAACCAGGACUUCCCCCCCACGAAUUGGGACGACAAGAGCAUCCGCCAGGCCUUCAUCCGCAAGGUUUUCCUGGUCCUGACCGUCCAGCUCUCGGUCACCUUUGCCUUCGUGGCCAUCUUCACCUUUGUGAAGGACAUGAAGGACUUUGUGCGGAGGAACGUCUGGACGUACUACCUCUCCUACGCCAUCUUCUUCAUCUCCCUCAUCGUGCUCAGCUGCUGCGGGGAGUUCCGGCGCAAGCACCCCUGGAACCUGGUGGCCCUGUCCAUCCUGACGCUGAGCCUCUCCUACAUGGUGGGCAUGAUCGCCAGCUUCUACGACACGGAUGCCGUCAUCAUGGCCGUGGGCAUCACCACCGCCGUCUGCUUCACGGUGGUCAUCUUCUCCCUGCAGACCAAGUACGACUUCACUUCCUGCCGGGGGGUGCUGAUCGUCUGCCUGAUGGUCCUCUUCAUCUUCGCCAUCCUCUGCAUCUUCAUCCGGAACCGCAUCAUGCAGAUCGUCUACGCCUCGCUGGGGGCCCUCCUCUUCACCUGCUUCCUGGCGGUGGACACGCAGAUGAUCCUGGGCAACAAGCAGCUGGCCCUCAGCCCUGAGGAGUACAUCUUUGCCGCCCUCAACCUCUACACAGACAUUAUCAACAUCUUCCUCUACAUCCUGGCCAUCAUCGGCCACGGCAAUGAGUAGGGGGUCCGGAAGGGGGGGUCCUCUCUCUCUCCAAACAGCAGCAGCAGCAGCAGCAUCACCCUCGGACCCUCCCCUCGUUUCUUUGUGGUCAUUGUGCUCCUUCCUUCCCCUUUUGACCCCUCAACCCAGGAUUUAUACUCCUACUCCCUCCCCACCCCCUUUGGUUUUGUCUAUGCGUGAAUGACGGGGACGAGCAUGAA